CGCUGGCCAAGACUCGCGCAUCUCAAACAAAAUCUUCUCCUUUACACUCCAAAACAAACGGACUGACACCGUCAACAGUAAUACAAUAUACCUAAACCCCGGCGCCGCUGCGACACCGAAAAAAGGCCAGCGAAGCAAUGUUGUUUUGAACUGUCUUUUUGUUCUGAGAGUGAAUCUUGGUUUGUUUAUCUUUUCGUAGUUUGUCAGGCAAUGGUCGCGAGGAUCUUUUUGGAGAGGGCGCUGCGCGUGUGCGUGAGGGCUCGAUAAACACACAGACGUCUCAAGUGUCUGGUGCGAGCUAAUGAAUAGACUUCACUGAACGGAUUUUUAUAUUUAGAGCUUUAAUGCGCCUCUUCUCCCAACGGGAAAUAGUGGACCGCGAGGCAGAAACGGACGCGCUCAGCGACCUCGCAGUAUGGCAUUUUUAUGACAUUUAAAGCGAUAAGAAACACUCGGACAGGAGACGCUGACCGGUUUUUAUGUGCUUUCCAACGGUUUUCGGUUGCCUAGUUGUUGCCACACUCCAGCCGGUGACAAAAUGUUGGCUGGCGGGGCAGUUCAGCAGAACGGGAUCUUCUCUACUCCUCAGCUCCUCUCACAGUCGCCACACAUGGACCCGGAUCUCUCCGAUUCCCGAAAGCGACCCCUGGAAACACCGACUGAGGCGAGCAGCACCAAGCGCUCCAACACCGGGGAGGAGGGUGAAUAUUUCCUGAAGGUGUUGAUUCCCAGCUAUGCCGCUGGUUCAAUCAUCGGUAAAGGGGGGCAAACCAUCGUCCAGCUUCAGAAAGAGACUGGAGCCACCAUCAAACUGUCCAAAUCUAAAGACUUCUACCCAGGUACGACAGAGCGUGUUUGUUUGAUUCAAGGUACGGUGGAAGCUCUGAAUGGAGUUCAUAACUUCAUCGCUGAAAAAGUUCGUGAGAUGCCUCAGAGCAGUCAGAAGACCGAACCAGUCAGCAUUCUCCAGCCACAGACUACUGUUAACCCUGACCGUGUUAAACAGGCUAAACUGAUCGUGCCCAACAGCACAGCAGGACUCAUCAUCGGUAAGGGUGGGGCAACAGUUAAGGCUGUGAUGGAGCAGUCAGGAGCCUGGGUACAGCUUUCUCAGAAGCCCGAGGGCAUCAAUCUGCAGGAGCGUGUCGUGACAGUGAGUGGGGAGCCAGAACAAAACCGCAAGGCCGUGGAGAUCAUUGUUCAGAAGAUUCAGGAGGACCCACAGAGCAGCAGCUGUCUCAAUAUCAGUUACUCCAACAUCACAGGCCCUGUGGCCAACUCCAACCCAACCGGAUCCCCCUUUGCCAACUCUACAGAGGUGUUACCCAACGCCGCAGCGGCAGCUACAGCCUCCACGCUCCUUGGCCAGGCGGGUCUCGCGGGCAUGGGUGGGUUCCCUGCCGCCAUGUCAAGUCUUUCCGGUAAUGAUCUGCUUACUAUUACAUCUGCUCUGAACACUCUGGCCAGUUAUGGCUACAAUACCAAUACACUGGGGCUUGGCCUCAACCCAGCCGCUGCAUCUGGGGUGCUCGCUGCCGUUGCGGCUAGCGCCAAUCCAGCGGCUGCAGCAGCCGCCAAUCUGCUUGCUACAUACGCCAGCGAGGCCUCUGGAGGGGGCGGUCACCAUGUCGCACCUAGCUUAGGGGGCUUCUCACUGGGCUCCCUAGCGGCUGCCACAGGGGCAUCUAACGGUUACCUGAAUCCCUCAUCCCCGCUGGUGGCAUCAUCUCUACUGGGCACAGAGAAGCUAGCAGAAGGUGGGAAGGAAGUGGUGGAGAUCGCUGUUCCGGAGAACUUGGUCGGUGCCAUCUUGGGAAAAGGAGGCAAGACUCUCGUGGAGUAUCAGGAGCUGACAGGUGCGCGAAUUCAGAUCUCCAAAAAGGGAGAGUUCAUUCCAGGCACACGCAAUCGCAAGGUGACCAUUACAGGGUCGCCGGCAGCAACGCAGGCUGCCCAAUAUCUCAUCAGCCAGCGAAUCACAUACGAGCAAGGCGUCCGUGCCACCAACCCUCAGAAGGUGGGCUAGGGAUGGACAGGAUUGGGGAGAGGAACAACGAAAGCGAAGGAAACCAGAGAGAAUGAAGAGGUGACUGAAUGAAAACGAGGGAGAAAGGGAUGGGUUGGAGCGAUGUCCAAAUAUUUAAACACAAAAUACGGACGAUUACAAAACAAAUUAAAAAAGAUCUGAUGGAACUGUGGAUAGAUAAUCUGUUUGGGGAGAAAUUUGAUAUUUUGUGACUGAAAUUCUGCUGUAUUUUUAAAGUUGUGUUACGUUGUCUAGGUCCGAGUAUCGUGCCCUGGGGCACUCAGAGGAGGAGGAGAUCAAACCUCACUUCCUCUCUCUUAGCCAGGGUCUUUUGGAUUCUAUGUUAAAUUUUUGGCUUCCAUUGCAGAACCCUCACAGUUUAGUUCAUACCUAAUCCACACCCUGAGCAAGGAGAUUGGAGUUCGAAGCAGUCCCCCUUUUGAUAUCAGUAAAUUCAGUCUCCGCAACUGUAGUGUAGGCCUGAAAUGAAAAGGAAGAUACCUAUGAACCAUUUCCAUAGGUACUCUUGGUUUCCCCCCUUAUUGUUUUCAACUGAGACUUAAUCUCAA